AUGUGGAUGUUUGAAAGUCGUGAUCCAUCAAGACCAGUUAAUCCAACGGAUUCUCGUAUAUUUUGGAUUUCACUUUAUGCAACAAUAGUGAUAUGGAUAUUUUUUGGAUUUUUUGCAUUAUUAAAACAAUGGUUCUUAAUUGUACUAGUAGCAUUAUCAUUAAAUAUAGCAAAUGCAAUUGGCUAUACUCAAUGUGACAAAGAUGCAAAAAAGAAAUGGGCAAGUAAUUUGGCAUCUAGGGCAGCAUCAGAAAGUCCAAGUCUUGUAGGAAGAUUAUUCACUGCAGGCAUAGGAAAAUAUUUUGGAUAA